AUGACGCCAGAAACGCUCCGCCUGUCCUUAGAAAACGUCGACUUCCGGCUGCCGACCCAAGUCACAGAUGACAACAGCGUCACGGCUCUGAAGAGCCUCGUCUUUGAGCCUCUCCUCCGUUGGCAGCCCCACGGUCACGUCCUUCCCGGCCUCUUCGACCGUUGGGAGAGUUCUCCCGACGCCCGUACAUGGCAUUUUCACAUCCGCGACGACGCCGUAUUCCAUGAUGGAGAACAGUGUACGGCAGCUGAUAUCGUCAACUACAUCAGCGGGCUCUUGGACUCACGGGACUACUUUGGCAUGCGCUGGAGCUACAGCCGUUAUUUCGAGCAGACCCAAUUCUCAACCGAAGGCAGCCAGACGGUAAAGGUCGUCAGCUCGGAGCCAUUUGCGGACAUUGUGGGCGUGUUCUGCGAGUUCUGGCCUUCGAGACUGGACAAAGACGGCAAACCGGUGCUUGGGACAGGCGCUUUCCGAGUGGUUGAGUUCGAGCGUGAAGACGGCAUCGGAAGAGCGAGAUUACAGCGGCUGAACCCGACCCGACACAACGCUCCGCACAUCAUCGUCGCUUCGACAGAGCCAAGUGCCGCCAAGAGACUCCAGCUACUUCGUACGGGUGAGGUGGAUGCUGCCUUGAAUCUCGAGCGAGUGGACAACCUUGACCUCCUCGACUUUGACGAUUCAUUGAAAUGGGGCCGAGUCACCAGCACGCUCUCGGCCAUUUACUAUCUCAAUUGCACCGAGGGUAUUUUCACCUCGCCGAAAGCACGUCUUGCUGUCAAUCUCGCGAUCGACAAUGAAGCACUCGUCAAGGAGGUAUAUCGCGGCUUUGCCCUGGCGUCCGCCACCAUCGUUAGCCCCUUUCACCUCGGUUUUCCAGAGUCAGGGCUGAAACCAUUCCCUUAUAAUGUAGAGCGAGCCCGGGAAAUACUCAAAGGCUUGGACACGAGUGAACCCCUGGUGUUGAGGACGCCGACCUACAUGCCGGAGCACGCGCAGAAAAUUUCCGCUUUCGUGGCGUCGUCGUUGCGAGCCGUCGGGUUUGAGGUUGAAGUUAGGGUUGAGACGAACCGUCCCGAGUACGCUCGCCAAAUUGGCCUCCAGAAGCAGAUUGGCAGCCUUGCGUUGUUCGACUCGACGCCCAACAGCACUUUCAGGGUCCUGGAUGACAAGAUUUCCAGCUCGUCCCACGCUACCUGGUGGCUCGGAUACCAUGACGACGAGGUUCAGCGGCUAUUCCACGAGGCAAGGAACAAAACUCGCUACGAGGAUCGGGCUGAUGCCUAUGCUGAGACGUUGAAACGGUUGCAGGAGAACCCUCCGUGGCUGUAUGUAGCACAUCCCGAAGUGGUCUGGGCAACUAGACGGGACGUUGGUUUGAGGAUCGGACAUUCUGGUGUUCUCACUCUUGAUUUAUGA